GUGGGCUUCGAGGUGAUAGACGCCGUAGCCAGAGCGGAGGGUAUAAGCCUGAGUGCCAUGCAGAGCAAAGCAGUGGUGGGCAAGGGGCGAAUUGCUGCGUGCCCUGUGCUGCUGGUGAAGCCGCAGACGUUCAUGAACCUCAGUGGGGAGAGUGUGGGUCCCUUGGCUCGAUUCUACAAGAUUCACCACAUUCUACAAGAGUCAUAGCUAUCUACGAUGACAUGGACCUGGACGUAGCUUCCAUGAAGCUUCUUGCCAAAGGGGGGCAUGGGGGACACAACGGCAUGAAGAGCAUAAUGCAGCACUUUCAGGGCUCUAGAAACUUUCCACGUCUGAGAUUCG